AUGGCGGCCUACUUGACGCACCAGCAGAAGGUGCUGCGGCUCUAUAAGAAAUCCCUGCGGCACCUUGAGUCCUGGUGCAUCUAUCGAGACAAGUACCGCUACUUUGCCUGCCUCCUGAGAGAACGAUUUGAUAAGAACAAGGAUGUGAAGGAUAUGGUGAAAGCUACAGAGCUGCUGAGGGCGGGUGAGGAGGAGUUCUGGGCAAGCCAGCAUCCUCAGCCAUACAUCUUCCCUGACUCCCCUGGGGGCACUUCCUAUGAGAGAUAUGAGUGCUACAAGAUUCCUGAAUGGUGCUUGGAUUACUGGCAUCCUUCUGAGAAGGCAAUGUAUCCUGAUUACUUUGCCAAACGAGAGCAAUGGAAGAAGCUGCAGCGGGAAAGCUGGGAUAAAGAGAUUAAGCAGUUAGAAGAAGAAACUCCAGCUGAUGGUCCAAGAACUGAAGCUUUGCCGCCAGCUCGUAAGGAAGGACAUCUGCCACCACUGUGGUGGCACUAUGUUACAAGACCUCGUGAAAUUCCCAUGUAAAAGCAUUAUUUCACGUGAGAAUUGAAGCAGUCUGUCUUCUGUAGGCAGUCAAUGUGGCAGUGACCACAUGCUACUCUAAGUAAUACAAAAUAAAGCCAAAUAAAGUAAAAGAGAAGGCAUUUUUCUGACAUACUGUUCUUCUAUAGCAUGCACUCACUUCACUUCCAGUUUGUGCAGUGUAGAAUAGGUGACUGUUAACAUCUACACCAUGUACCUAAAAUGUCAGAGAAGACUGACCAGCCUGUGAAGAAGCCUUAAUGGAGUGCUCUAUGGUGGCUUUCACAGUUAGCUCAACUAUGAGACUGACAGAACUGCCCACAUAAAACUCGUGUUGCCAGAGGAGUGUGAGU